AUGGAAUCGGAGAACUUUAAUUUAACAAAUGUUCAUGGACACGUCACCGAUUCUGACAAUAGUGACGUAAAUGAUGACGCAAUUAGUUUUUCAGCACAACAUAAUGUAGAAGUAAAUACAAUUCAGUUGCACUCCACAGGGAUUAACAAUAACGAACCACUUGCAAAUGAAACCUUGUGCACAGUCGAUGAAGCAUCGAUUACCAGAUCAGAUGAAAAUAUUUCGCGUGAAAUCAGUGAACCUAGCCCGGUUUCGAUUCAAUCAGACCGUGGCAGAGAAACAAUGGCAACAAAUAAUGGCAUAAAUACAAACACACAAGCUUUGUCAGUUACGUUUGAGGCAUUAUAUAGUCUGAUGUCAAACGUGAGCGAGCAAUUAUCUGAUUUAAAGAUGAGUCACAACACAACGAACACAAAACUGGCGAAUCUAGAAGUCAGCCACAACACAACGAACACAAAACUGGCGAAUCUAGAAAUCAGCCACAACACAACGAACACAAAACUGGCGAAUCUAGAAAUCAGCCACAACAUGACAAACACAAAAUUGUCAAACAUGGAAAUUGGGUUCCAACAGCAGUUUUCAAGUGUAAACACGCAAUUUGAAAACAUACACAGACAUUUCGAACAACGCUUAAAUAAACUCACCAAUGAAAUCGAUCAAAAGAUCGAAGACAAAGUCAUCAAAACCGUCAAUAGUGUAUACAAUGUAUUGGCAAAUGACUUAGAAAAGAAAUUGUCAGAUCUUACAAACAAACAGGAACAGGAACUGUCAGAAAUAGUAGAAACACACAAUCAAACACAAACCGUACAAAAAGAAAUACAUGAAAACGUACAGGCUAUUCAAUUAAAUUUAACAAGAGUACAGUCCGCAUGUGAAGAAAUACCUGACCAAGUUAAUAAAGUUAACGAAGAAGUCGGUUUUCUGAAACAGGAGACUCGACGUAUCAACGCGGACAUUAUCAAAAUAAAUGAAACUUUAGAAAACGGUAAUGUAAAUGAAUCAAUAACUGACCGGGAAACAAAACUUUUUGAAAAAUUAGGUAAUGAAAUCAAAGUAGCCGAGGACAGAAUACGCAAGGAAAUUGCUGGCAGACUGAAUGUUUCAAAUGACUUGCCUACGUUAAGCAACAGGCAGCGCGACACUUAUUCGCCCGUGCCAGAUUACGAUGUCAAUAACGCAGAACAUCACGCGCCCAGUCCGGCGUAUGUGCACGCACCGGCAUAG